AUGGUCAAUAAUCAAUCAUUAAAUUCACAAUUGACAAUUGCUGCAGCAGCAGCAGCAGCUGCUGCUGCUGCUUCUGCUUGUUCACCAAAUUUUCAGGAAACAUUUUUCCAUCUUAAUGAUGAUGAUAAACCCAAUUUAAUAAAAUCUUAUGGCCAUAUUGAUGUUGAUAAUAAUAAUAAUGAUGAUAAUAAUAAUAAUAAUCCUGGACAACGAUUCUGUUCAGAAUGUAAUAUACAAUUUAUGUCAAUCAAAACCUAUAAGGUUCAUAAGGAAUUAUAUUGUUCAUCAAGACAUCAUCUGAUUACACAGCAGCAAUCAAUCGGUUCAUCAUCAUCAUUGAUCAAUCAACAAUCAAAUUUAAAUAAUUCAAAUUCAAAUCAACAACAACAAUCAAAUAUGACAUACAGUGGUGGUAAUAAUAAUUCAACAACAAAUGAAAUCAUUUCAGAUGAAUGUAAUAAAUAUACUGAUUUUCAUUCAUUAUUUCCCGGUUUAUUACCGAUCGGUAAUCAAUCAACAUCAUCAUCAUCUACAUCAUCGACAACAGUUGUACCGAUCAAUGGAAUGGCACAACAGAUCAAUAAAUCUAUACAUAAUACAACACCAAUUUAUAUUUUUAACAACAACAUUUGA